AUGGCUACUUCAACGACUAGCCUCAUGGCAUCCACCACCACGGCAUCCGCCACAUCCACGGCGACAUGCAUCAACAUGGUGGCCGGUAAAAAUGGGUAUUUACCUCCAGAUGCAUGCGGAGUGAAACUUUACUAUGUCCCAUCUUUGGCUGCUGCCAUUCUGUUCUGCGUUCUUUUUGGAUUAACCACUUCGGCCCAUGUAGCCCAAGCGAUCAUACAUAAGAAAAAAUAUGCAUUGGUGAUUAUCUUGGGUGGCCUGUGGGAGCUCACUGCAUUCGUCUUCCGCUCAAUUCAAACCCACAAUCAAUCUUCUAACAUAAUCAACACUUUAUACACGAUGUUUUUCCUAUUAGCCCCAAUUUGGAUUAACGCUUUCCUUUACAUGACGCUUGGUCGCAUGAUCAACUUUUUUAUCCCCGACCAGAAGCUUCGGGGCAUCUCUGCACGCCGAUUUGGAAUGAUCUUUGUCUGUCUUGAUAUUUUUGCUUUCUUCGUUCAGAUGGUUGGCGCAGCUUUUACCACAGGCGAGAACACCAAAAAAGAUGUGGUCCUGUUAGGAAUCCACAUUUACAUGGGUGGCAUCGGACUUCAAGAGCUUUUCAUCAUUGGCUUUACCGUUUUGACGAUCCAACUUCACCUAACCAUGAUCGGAAUGGAGCGCAUGGGGUACCGUUCGGAGAAGAUGACCAACAGCCCAUUCCCGUGGCGAUACCUUUUCUACACCAUCUACUUUGCACUGGCAAUGAUCACAGUUCGUAUUAUCUUCCGCCUGGCUCAAUACGCCCAGGGCUACUCGACCACAAACCCUAUUCUGCUUCACGAGGUAUAUGAAUAUGUCUUUGAUGCUUCACCGAUGCUGCUGGCUCUCUUUGCUGUGAACUUCCUUCAUCCCGGUCGCGUACUCCAGGGAGAAGGUUCAAAGUUCAAGAAGAUCAGCCGUGCGGAGAAGAAACAACAAAAGAUUCUUAAAAAGAUGCAGAAGGAUCAGGCACACCAGAAGGAGGAGGCUAUGAGAAGCGUUGAAGAAUUUGAGAUGGGACCCACUCGUGCCUAUGUUUGA